AUGGCGUCCGCGGACUGCAUGCGGGCGCGCUGCAAAGAAGCUGGGCGACGCGAGGCCCGCUUCCUCACUGGCCUACCAGGCCGGUGCCCGCCCCUCCAUUUCGUGGCCGCCUCCCUGGACGCCCAGCUGCGGCCGGGAGCGGGAAGGGGAGGUGACAGAGUGAAGUCAACGCCCAGGGAGGGGAUGCAUUGGUGGCGGACGACGGUGUGCGGAACGAGGCCUGGUACGAGGCCUGCUAGAAUUAGUCAGAUGCAAACACAGCAUUAG